GGACCAGGCGAGAUGACUGCAUAGGUUGGUUUAAUGUACUGUAUGUGAAUACCAGGAUGGGGAUGAUGAGAGAGGACUAGAGCUGUUGCACCAGACCAUGACCCCCGUCUUGACCCCUAAUCUAUUAUACUGCAACAGGAGGUGUGAAGGAGCUUGUUGAUUCAGGAACUUUUCCUUUCUCUGUGUUACAAUGAAACCUCUUAAUUCUGCAACUCCAGGGGCGGCAGGGUAGCCUAGUGGUUAGAGCGUUGGACUAGUAACCGGAAGGUCGAAAUCCCCGAGCUUCAAAUCCCCGAGCUGACAAGGUACAAAUCUGUCAUUCUGCCCCUGAACAGGCAGUUAACCCACUAGGCUGUCAUUGAAAAUAAGAAUUUGUUCUUAAGUGACUUAAAUAAAGGUAACAUUAAAAUACAAAUGAAAUCUGGCCGUGAUUGGGAGUCCUAAGGCCAGGGUAGGCCGUCAUUGUAAAUAAGAAUUGGUUCUUUAACUGACUUGCCUAAAAAAAAUAAAUCCUGCUAGGAUUGUAGGAUUGUCUGCUAAAAUCACACCAAUGGACGAAGCUAGUCCAAGAAUGGAAUAUAGUCUGUGUUUGGCAGAACUAGUCCAAACCCCUAGAACAGGACCAUGGACGUUUAUCUGGGACUGACCAUAAUCAUAUAUCUCUGCAUGGUUGGAUCUUCCACUAACACACCAGACUAUAAACUGAACCACCAAUAUACAGUACUGCUGCUGAAUUCAUGUGAGACCACCGUGCUCCUGAACCCUGUAUAUGUGAGACCACCGUGCUCCUGAACUCUGUAUAUGUGAGACCACCGUGCUCCUGAACUCUGUAUAUGUGAGACCACCGUGCUCCUGAACCCUGUAUAUGUGAGACCACCGUGCUCCUGAACUCUGUAUAUGUGAGACCACCGUGCUCCUGAACCCUGUAUAUGUGAGAGUGCUUCUCUGUCCACACCAGUUCUGGUUUCAAAUAGUAAUUGCUACUAUUGACGGAGGUUGUCUAGUGCAAUGGAAUAGGCUAGUCCUAAAAGUACAAACACCAUCUAUCUGGAACUGCAGGCAGACUCAAUAAAGCAACAGUUCGAGGUAAAAAACAACAUCUCCAAAUACUAUUUGAACCGAAGUCGAACCCACCCAACUCCGAGAGGAUAGGAGCCACAGCAUGGUAAAAAGGUGUCAUUGACCGAGCCUGCAGACGUGGAGAUGCCCUCAUUUUGACCCCGGGGAAAGUGUUCUUAGAACACGCCCCCCCCCACCGAUGAUCGUUGCCCUUGGCAACCCUUAUCAGAUAGAUUAGCACCUCUAAUAUAAGUGGCCGGUCGAGGCUCCUCUAGUCUCAUUUACACCGAAUUCAGGAGUCCAGUCUCUGCUCUCUUCAACAUGAGGACAGCACAGUACAUUGCCCUCUUCAUGUUCCUGACUCUGCUCUGCCCAAUCCAGGUGCAGACCGCUCCUGUGCCUGAGGAUUGGACGGGCCUGAUCACCCGAGCCAAGCGCUCUCUCCUUUGGCGGUGGAAUACUCUGAAGCCCGUUGGCACAAGCUGCAGAGAGCACGACGAGUGCGGGACCAAAUACUGCAGGAAAAAGACCUGUUCGUUCCAGGUUUUUAUAUCUUGAACUGAAAUAUAUAACUCUGGACACAGCCAGAACACUCAAUGGAGAAGCAACAAUCAAUGGAGCCUGUCAAUGAAAUGCCUAACUGUACAAACUGAUUUCACAGGAUUUUAAUUGGCCCGCCAAAUAUUUGGUAAAAACAGCUCGAUAACCACUUCCUAACUGAUAAAAAAAUAA